AUGACGGACGAUUUGCGACAACUCUUUACGGUGGAUCUGGUAAGGGUUACUGGGUCUGUAACCUUGCUGCUCAACACUUUUUCCUGCUACAUUAUUGUGCGACAUUCUCCUGAUGGAAUGGCUCGAUACAAAUGGAUAUUACUGAUUAUAACCGUAAAUAAUGCUCCUUCUUUCGCUGGCGUUCCUGAUAUGGAGCAUCCACAGCGGUUUUGCUUUCAGACUGUAUUCUAUAAAUUCUUCAAUGAACCGGUCUGA